GACCUUUUUCUUCUUAGGGAGUGCCUCCAACAAGACAGUUCCCCGUGCGCCAGUCCAGUUCGGUACAGUACUGACUCAUCGUCGUUGUUUGAGUUACCAGAGUCCCCCAAAGCACUCCACAGACAGAACAAGAGCGAGCCCCUGGGCAAAGGUAUACCACCAACUCAAAAGUAUAGAAGAAAUACAGGUAUUUGCAUCUGGUCCACCUUACAUGUUCGUUAAGGAUAAGACUGCCUGUCUCUGAAGUGGAGAAGUUCCACGUCUCCGUAAACAUGGAAAAGGAUGAGAAGAAGAUAGUAAAUGAAGAUGAGGAGGAUGAGAUGGAGAUUUAUGGGUAUAAGCUGUGCCGCUGGAAGCUAGUUUUAGUUGCUGUCGGGGUGCUUUGUACUGGUGGUUUCUUCCUCCUCCUCCUCUACUGGAUGCCUCAGUGGCGGGUGAAAGCAACAUGCGUAAGGACUACACUGAAGGACUGUGGGGUGGUGCUACUGAGAACAACGGAUGAAUUCAGGAUAUGGUUUUGUGCAAAGAUUCGCAUUCUGCAUUCUUGGGGACCCAGCCCAUUACAGAAUCCUCCAUGUAUUGCAGACAAAGUUUCAAGCGGUCAUUUAUAUGAAAGCCUUGCCGAAGAAAAUAGAAAUUACCCGCACAAAUAUUUUCCUAUUCGCUAUUUCACACAUCACAGUGUAAAGUAUUUCUGGAAUGAUGCAAUCCAAAGUUUUGACGUCAAAAAGGGACUGGAUGAGUUUACUUCCUGCUCUUCAAUUCACAAUGAACAUAGUACUGGACUGACUAAGUGGGUGCAUGAGCACAGAAAAGUAUUCUAUGGAGUAAAUGAAAUUGGUGUGAAAGUGCCUUCAAUUUUUAAGCUUCUGAUUAAGGAGGUUCUAAACCCAUUUUACAUUUUCCAACUGUUCAGCGUGAUAGUGUGGGUCACCGAUGAAUAUUACUACUAUGCAUUUGCAAUUGUGAUUAUGUCUGUGAUAUCUAUUGUUAGCUCACUGUACACCAUCAGAAAGCAAUAUAUAUUGUUACAUGACAUGGUGGCAGCUCACAGCAUUGUCAGAGUGUCUGUUGGUCGAGCGAACCAAGAAAUAGAAGAGAUCCUUUCCACCGACCUUGUGCCUGGAGACGUCAUGGUGAUCCCAUCUAAUGGGACAAUCAUGCCCUGUGAUGCAGUGCUUGUCAGUGGUACCUGCAUCGUCAAUGAAAGCAUGUUAACAGGUGAAAGUGUUCCUGUAACAAAGACUAAUCUCCCAAAUCCUGCAGAACACCCCAAAUCAGCGGGAGAUGAAAUAUACAGUCCAGAAGCACAUAAGCGACACACUUUGUUCUGUGGGACCAAUGUCAUUCAAACCCGUUUUUAUACUGGAGAACUCGUCAAAGCCAUAGUAGUGAGAACAGGCUUUAGUACGUCGAAAGGACAGCUUGUUCGUUCUAUACUAUAUCCAAAGCCAACUGACUUCAAGCUCUACAGAGAUGCCUUCAUGUUUCUGCUGUGUCUUGUGGUGGUGGCAGGUGCUGGCUUUCUUUACACGGUUGUCAAUAGCAUACUAAACAAGGUUCCUGCUCACACUAUAAUCAUCGAGUCCCUGGAUAUCAUAACCAUCACUGUACCUCCUGCACUUCCUGCUGCCAUGACGGCUGGGAUCGUUUAUGCCCAGAGACGGUUAAAAAAGAUUGGUAUCUUCUGCAUCAGCCCUCAGAGGAUAAAUAUCUGUGGCCAGUUGAAUCUCGUGUGCUUCGAUAAGACUGGCACUCUGACUGAAGAUGGCUUAGAUCUUUGGGGGAUCCAGAGAGUGGAGAAUGGUCGGUUCCUUUUGCCAGAAGAGAGCGCCUGCAGCGAGAGCCUGGUGAAGUCUCAGUUUGUUGCUUGCAUGGCAACGUGUCAUUCACUCACGAACAUUGAAGGCGCGCUUUCUGGGGACCCGCUUGAUCUGAAGAUGUUUGAAGCCAUUCGAUGGAUUCUUGAAGAAGCAACUGAAGAGGAAACCGCUCUCCAUAAUCAAAUAAUGCCAACUGUGGUUCGGCCUCCGAAACAGCUUCUUCCAGAAUCCAAGCCUGCCACAGAUCAGGAAAUGGAACUCUUUGAGCUGUCGGCCAGUUAUGAGAUUGGAAUUGUGCGUCAGUUUCCAUUUUCUUCUGCUUUGCAACGCAUGUGUGUGGUGACAAGAGUGCUGGGGGAGAAAAGGAUGGAUGCGUUCAUGAAAGGGGCUCCAGAGGUGAUUGCCAGUUUGUGCAAACAGGAGACAGUUCCCGUUGAUUUUGAAACGAUUUUGGAAGAAUACACUAAGCAGGGCUUCAGAGUUAUCGCUCUUGCUCACAGAAAAUUGGAAUCAAAACUUACAUGGCACAAAGUCCAGAAUAUUAACAGAGAUGCGAUUGAAAGCAACAUGGAUUUUAUGGGGUUAAUCGUAAUGCAAAACAAACUCAAGCAAGAAACCCCUGCUGUACUUGAAGACUUGCAUAAAGCCAACAUUCGUACUGUCAUGGUUACAGGUGAUAACAUGUUAACUGCUAUCUCUGUGGCUAGAGAUUGUGGAAUGAUUCUACCUCAGGAGAAGGUCAUUAUUGCUGACGCGCUACCUCCAAAGGAUGGGCAGGCUGCCAGGAUAAACUGGCAUUAUGCAGAUACCCUCACAAAAUGCACUAACUCAGCGCCAGCCAUUAACUCCCAGGAUAUUCCGGUUAAAUUGGUCGAUGAAAACCUCGAGGACCCCCCGCUGACUAAAUUCCAUUUUGCAAUGAAUGGGAAGUCAUUUGCAGUGAUACUGGAGCAUUUUCAGGACCUCGUGCCCAAGCUGGUGUUGCAUGGCACUGUCUUUGCCCGCAUGGCGCCUGAUCAGAAAACCCAGCUAGUGGAAGCUUUACAAAAUGUAGAUUACUAUGUUGGCAUGUGUGGAGAUGGUGCAAAUGACUGUGGUGCACUGAAGAAGGCCCAUGGUGGGAUAUCGCUGUCUGAACUUGAGGCUUCCGUGGCAUCCCCAUUCACCUCAAAAUCUCCCAGUAUUUCCUGUGUGCCAGACCUUAUCAGGGAAGGCCGUGCUGCUUUACUAACUUCCUUUUGCGUGUUUAAGUUUAUGGCUUUGUACAGCAUUAUCCAGUAUUUCAGCGUCACUCUCCUGUACUCGAUCCUGAGCAAUUUAGGAGACUUCCAGUUUCUCUUCAUCGAUCUGGCAAUCAUUUUGGUGGUUGUCUUCACUAUGAGUUUAAAUCCCGCUUGGAAGCAGCUUGUGGCACAAAGGCCGCCGUCAGGUCUCAUCUCAGGUCAACUUCUCUGCUCAGUUCUGUCUCAGAUUCUCAUCUGCCUUGGUUUCCAAACUGUGGGAUUUCUUUGGGUCAAACAGCAGCCCUGGUAUGAGCCCUGGACCGCACAGUCAGAUGCAUGUGACCCAGCAGCAGCUGCAAAUGCCAGUGCCUCCCCACACGGGAAUGACACGGAGCACGAUGAGCACAAUAUCAAAAACUAUGAGAACACAACGGUGUUUUUCAUCUCCUGCUUUCAGUACCUCAUAGUGGCAAUUGUCUUUUCUAAAGGGAAGCCCUUCAGGCAGCCUUCCUACAAAAACGCUCUAUUUGUUGUAUCUGUGAUAGUUCUGUACAUCCUCACAUUUUUCAUCAUGUUGUAUCCACUUGAAUCCGUUGACAGCCUUCUUGAGUUAGUGUGUGUACCGUAUCAGUGGCGUAUAACAAUUCUCAUCAUUGUCAUCAUCAAUGCAAUUGUAUCCGUCUUGGUAGAGAAUGUCUUCCUGGACAUGAUCCUUGGGAAGGCUGUGUUCAGUCGAGACAGGCAAGGAGAAUAUCGCCUCGCCACGCCCCCGCCACCUCAGGAGGCUCUGGAUCGCUGGCGAGGCUGCUUCCUUUCGUCCCUGUUUGGCUGCAGAGGGAAGAUCCCCAAAGCCAAGUACAUGCACCUAGCUCAGGAACUGUUGGUCGAUCCGGAAUGGCCCCCCAAACCUAGAACAACCACCGAAGCGAAGGCGGCCCCCCCGGAGAAUGGCUCCUGCCAAGUCAUCACUGUAACGUAGCCGUGGCGCGUCUGUGGCCGUGCUCAGAGCGAUCAGGGCUCUGGCGGUGUGAGCCUGGCUCGGGCGGUGCCGUCGCACGGUCGCUGACGGCAGUCGGAGCUGGGCAUCCCCCAGCGGCUCCAUUAAAAACGAGCGAGAGCGUGUACAGCAGAAUAUCUAUUUUUUUAAUUUUGAACCUCGCUUCCCCCAA